UUCCUCGGGAAGCAUUCCAAAUUCCCACCAACUGACGUACCCUCAUUUUUGGAGCUGCUUCCAGCCCCCGCAUCGACCACAAGAAAGAAAACAUCAACAGACACUCACUGCAUGCUUGUCAAAGCGAGUGACUCAGUGAAGAGCAAGAACAACAACACAACCACAGACAACAACGUAACUUCUUGUCCUAAUAUAUAAAUUAUUCACUCCUCCUUCAGCAGGUCAAAAUAUUCAUUUUUGACAUCUUCUCCUUGACGACCACCUUGACAAUCCGAUGCGAUUCUCGUGUGCUCCACUUGCCUUGAUGAUGAUGAUGGCAUCACCAUCAUCCUUCCUGGUACGGGCGUUUGUGCCUUCAUCGGCACGGAGGGCGGCUGCUGGUUCUGGCUCGAUGAAAUGGAUGAGUGCCACUGCCGAAGAAGCCCCGGCUGCCACCACGGAAGAAGAACCAUUCAAGUACGAUUUUACCAUGGAAGAUGUGGUGUCUCUGUGCAAGCGUCGUGGAAUCAUCUUUCCCUCAUCGGAAAUCUACAACGGAUUUGCUGGAUUCUAUGAUUAUGGGCCAAUGGGAUCUGAAUUGAAGAAAAAUGUCAAGGAUGCUUGGUGGAGACAUUUUGUGACACAACGGGAAGAUGUCGUGGGUCUAGAUUCCAGUAUUAUCCACAAUCCAACAACCUGGAAGUCCAGUGGCCAUUUGGAUGGAUUCUCGGAUCCCAUGGUGGAUUGCAAAGAAACCAAAUUGAGAUACCGAGCGGAUCAGCUCUUUUAUGCACCAGUGAUUGUUGACGGUGAGACAGUAGGAUACGUAUGUGUCCAGGAAGGCAAUGAUGAUGACAUGGUAAAGGCUGCCAAGAAGCAGGCAAAGAAACUCAAAAAAGAAAAGAAAAUUGAUGGCCAAGCAGAAGCAUUUGCUUUCAAAGAGGUGAUUGAAGCCACCGAAGAAGAAAUGGCACAAAUUCCAUCCCCGGGGUCGGGAAAACCCACACUCACAAUGCCACGAGACUUUAAUCUCAUGUUUGAAACCAAAGUCGGGGCCAUGUCCGAUGAAUCCUCGGUUGCCUACUUGAGACCGGAAACCGCACAAGGGAUCUUUAUCAACUUUAAGAAUGUCUUGACCACAUCACGCCAAAAGAUCCCAUUCGGCAUUGCACAAAUUGGCAAAGCCUUCCGCAACGAAAUCACGCCCCGCAACUUUAUCUUUCGAUCGCGAGAAUUUGAACAAAUGGAAGUCGAGUACUUUAUCCCACCCGGUGAUGAUGUUUGGCCUCCGAUGCAUCAGGAAUGGAUGGAUUCCUCCAAGGCGUUCUUGCUGAGUGUGGGAUUGCGAGAGGAACUCAUGGGAUGGGAUGUGCACAAGGGAGAUUCCUUGGCUCACUAUGCAUUGGCGUGUACCGAUGUGACUUUCAAAUUCCCGUUUGGAGAACAGGAGUUGAUGGGCAUUGCUGCUCGUGGAAACUUUGAUUUGACACAACACACAGAAGGAUCUGGAAAGAGCCUGGACUAUUUUGAUGAGACAUUGAAAGAAAAGUACAUUCCUCAUUGCAUUGAACCUUCCCUGGGAGUGGACCGUUUAAUUUUGGCCUUGAUUUGCUCCGCCUAUGCCGAAGACGAAGUGGGCGGAGAAAAGCGCAGCCUGUUAAAGUUUGAUCCGAAGAUUGCCCCCAUCAAGGUGAGCGUGUUGCCGUUGGUCAAGAACAAGGAAGCGUUGGUCAAGGUGGCCCGAGACUUGUAUGAAAAGUUGCAAAAGCGGUGGAAUGUUUCCUGGGAUGCCACUGGCGCCAUUGGACGACGAUACCGAAGGGCUGAUGAAGUCGGGACUCCCUUUUGCAUAACGGUUGAUUUUGAAACCAUUGAAGACGACAAUGCCGUGACAAUUCGCGAUCGAGACACCACCGAGCAGGUCCGAAUUCCUCUGGAUGAUGUCAUUCCUUACCUGAGCAAGGCCAUUGAUGGAUACUAGCCAGCUAUGCCAGUACGAGUGCAUUCUAAACUAACUAUAACCGACAACCAUGUAUCAU